UUGUAAAUAACAUGAAAGUUUUUGUUGUUUUUUUUAUUUUAGGUUUAUGUCGGCUUUAUGAGGUUAUUCCGCAGUUCAAAUUGAGAUGUCAUUUAAACAUAAUGAAAAUUUAAAUGCAAAGGAAUUUAUGAUUAACAUUUGAUUAAUGAUGAAAUGGCCUCGAAAAGAAAGAAAGUAAAUAUAAAUUGUUGAAAUGUUGGACAAGCAACAGCCAAAAUGUUGUUUUACUGAAAAAAAGAAAUACUUAGUGAUUUGUUUCACUCAUAUGUACAAUAAAUAUAUAUUAAAGUGAUAUUCAAAAGGUAUGAAAUAUCAUCGUGUGCCAAAUGACCUUUAUUUUCAGUAUAUAAGUGCAUGAUGCCCACUACAGGUAGGAACACGUGGCGAUGUGUACAAACUAUGUCCGCCAUUUUGGUGAAUUUUUGAUGUCCUUUAGUCAAUUCAGCGAACAAAAAAAAAUCAGCUUUCAUUAAAAAUAAUGCAAUCGUUGUUUAAAUAGCUGUACAAAAUGAGUUUUAAAUAAUACGCUGGUUUUUCUUUUCGAUUAAAUUUCCCACAAAACGUCUUGUCAACGAAAUUGUAAAAAAUAAUACACAAAAUGUUGGGUUUCUUUCCGCUUCAGAAAAUUUCAGUCGCUUAACCCAAGAUAACAAUGCGUGUUACUUGUUAUGUUUUUAAAAGGAAUUCAAUAGAAUGAUGGAUGUGUGGAUGAAAAAAUGACUAUUCGAGAAAAAGUACAGAUUCACAUAUGAUUUUCUAUCGGAUUUAUAUUUGAUAUGUCGUAUUUAUAUUCAUAUGAAGUAUGUAUGCAGCUGUCUUGGACCACAUACAUAAUUAAAAAAUUCUAUUAAAUAACAGUUGAACAAGAUUAGCAUUCAAUGUUAUUGCAUUUCGUCCAAGACAAUACACCAUACUUUCAAACAAAAAACUAUCUCAUGUUAGGACAUGUAUAAAUGAACUACUUUGGAGGCGUUACAAUAUGGAGGAUAUUUUGAUAUGACAGUGAAUGUCUUAUUUAUGUUGUACUACUUUAUAAAAAACUAAUGCUUUGUUACUGAAUGACUUUUAUAUCUCAAUUGUUUCACUCAUGACUUUGCAUUUAAUUCAAUAGUUUCUUUAAAUUUUUCAAGUCUCACAUAAAACACUGUUUACGGCUCUUUUUUCUCGAACAUAAUUCUUAAAUACAAAAUUCAAGCUAUGUUACAUUCACUUUUACUGGUUUUUAUUUAUUUAAUGUGCUAAAAUUAUAUUUCAAUACAUUUAUAGUGCAAUAUAUGGCAGCCGUUGCGGGAUAUCCUUAAAAAGGGUCUUCUUUAAAUGUUUGGCUACUUGGGUUGGCACUGCAGAGUGAUAAAAAACAACAACAAGAAUGAUAAUUAAAUUGAUAAUGAUAUUAAAUAUGUAAUAUGUAUGAUAAUUACUGUAAGAUAAUGUAUUGACUAUGACAUUGAAUUAGCUUUCAUAAUAAUAAAUAUUGUCACGAUUAUUAUAACAAUGAUGUUGAUGAUGAUAAUGAUAAUGAUGAUGAUCAUGACGACGACGACGACGACGACGACGACGAUGACGAUGAUGAUGAUGAUGAUGAUGAUGAUGGUGAUGAUGAACCAAAUUAAAUAAAAAAUAUAACACUAAGACAUUUCGACCAAUACAUUCAAUCUCCAUUAGUUUGCAAAAUAUAAUUUAUCUCAUGCACAAAUUUAUAUUUCUUCUUAAGCUACCUGGCGUCUAGCCUUUGGAAAUGCAAAUGACAUAACCAACUACAGCUACUUUGAUGUAAUGGCCCAGUCCUAUUGUGCUGCUAAGGUCCCAGGAGCAGAAUGGGUCUUUGCUCUUCGCAGGGAUUGUACUAUGGCUCCUACUUGCAACACCAUAUGCGCAAAUGCUAAAGCAAGCAUUCUGUCGACCAUCUCAAAUCAACGAAAAAGUGUGGGAUGUUUCGACGCCUUCAAUGUAAUAAAGAGCCACCCAAUCUUGAUCCCAAAUGCUGAAUUCGACCAGCCGGACUCUGGCAAAGUGAACCUGGGGUCCUAUAGCUACGGAAGUGGUGGAUGUACAUGGAGAGCCAACCACUGCGGUCCAAAUUAUUGCUGUUGCAAGGCAUAUAACUAAUGAAAAGAACAUAAUAUAUAUUUGUAGAUGCAUCAGCUUUGACUUCAGAACUAGACUUCCUGGCUUCGAAUCCUGCUGCCGACGAUACUAUUAUCUUAAGACUUUUCAUUUCUUUUAUAUAUAUUGUUUAAUAAAAAUACAUUCAUUUAUGCGCCUUUAACAAAAAAAUUGUGUUUCUUUUUUUCAAAUUUGGACAUGCUUUAUAUUUCAUAUUUCAAACUUGUAGCGAAUUAGCCUUACUUUAUGAAAUUUUGAUACGUUAUUUCAAUUUAUGAAGAGUUUUCAGUACCUUUGUAUUUUAUAGCAAUAUUAGCACAUGAAAAAAGUAACAAAAUGAAAUAUUAUUUAUGAAAAUGAAUGAUUUUUAAAACCUUUUUAUAGUAAAAAUAUGUUAUUUGUGUAAAGUUUGCAUUAUUUUUUUGUUGCGUUUUUGUAUCCCAGUUUGUGUGUUUUUGAUCUUGAUGAUCCUUGAUCUUGGUAAAUCUUCAGACUUUUUUUUCUAUGUUUUCUUCACAAAAUGAAAUUGCAUCGGAAUUAAUUAAUGUUUGUCAUUAAUAUCAUACUGUGUUACGAAGUCACUAUCGGAUACUAAGUAGUUUCAGGCUCUUUCCUAAAAAAGGGUCCGAGUUAACGUUUCAUAAUGUAAACAAAUAAAAAACAUCAUCAUUUCAGUCUAAACAUAGCUACAAUCUUCUUAGAGGAGGACCCUAAUCGACUAUACUGACAUAUGUUUCGUUUAUGUAUUAUGCUUUCAACUGCCAUAUGCAAUAACAUGUGCACAAAAGUUA